AUGAAAGGAAAUAAAAACAAAAAAAUUUAAGUUAAAGAAGAAUAAACUAUCCCUAUAUUACAAAUAAAUUUGUCAAAUGUUCAAGAUAUCUUUGAAGAUGAGAAGAGAACUGAAAAAUUUAUUGAUUAAAAGCUUGAAGAAGCUAACAAAAAUUCUGAGCAUUUAAAAGUCUUAAGGUUAUUUUUAGAAAGUGAAUAGGCAAUAAAUACUUAAUAUUUUCAGAAGCUAUCAAAUGUUUCUUUGCUUGAGGAUUUGUAAAUUAAGGGAUUUUAAACAGCUGAAAAGUAAUUCAAGCAAUUCUUUUAAUUUAUUGAGAGAUAAACUAACUUAAAGAGCCUUUAUGUAGAUGUUUUAUGCCCUUACAAUCAAAAAUAAUAUUUUGAAGCUGAACUUAAAUAGUUUUGUUAGAAUGUUUGUAACUUAAAGAAAUUGGAGUAAUUAUACUUAUCUGUACUUUGUUUAGACUAAACAGAUCAUCUUAAAGAGCUCGGUAAAUCAUUGAAAAAUCUAGCAAGUUUAAAAUCUCUAAGUCUGUCCUUUGGAUAAGUAGAUUCUAAAAUAGUAGAAUUAGACUCUCUUGCCUAAUAUUUAGGAAUAGCUAAAAAUUUGAAAACGUUACAAAUCAAAUUUGAGGAGAUAAGUUCUUUCCCAUUAAAAGAGGCUUAGUAACUAUUUUAAGCUGUAGGCUCAAAUAAAAAUAUUGAUGAUUUAACCUUUUCAUUUGCAGGAUGCACUGAUUUCUCAAAAAAUUUAUUUUAAGAUCUUAGUAAUAUGAUAAAUAGUAAAACAAAUUUAAAGAAAUUUUCAAUCAACUUGGACAGUUUAAGUCACAUCAAGACAGAUGAAUACAAUAAAAUAUUAAUAUCAAUAGAAAAUUUGAAAGCUCUUUCUUUCCUGGAAGUGAACCUAAGCCAAAAUAAAAUAAAUAUAGAUUAAUUAACGAGUUUACUUAAAUAAUAAAACUAGCUAACACAUUUAGAAUUGAAUUUAAAUAGUAUCAAAAUAAAUGGCUAAUUUUAAAAAAUAAAUGAUGCUUUAAAAAGCUUCACUAAACUGAAAAGUCUAGUGCUCAAUCUUUCAAAUAAUAAACUUUUUACUAAAACUUUUUAAGGAUUAUUUGAUUUUCUUCCAAAGCUAGAUCUUGAUCAUCUAAGUUUGGACCUAACAGAUGAAGAAGGGAACUACAAAGAAAAGUUCAUAUUCCAAGUUGCUAAAUAUAUUGGAUAAUGUUCAAGUUUAAAAUCAUUAAUAUUCACAUUACAGUAUUAUGACGCUGAAGAAGAUUUUUACUCCUAACUGAUUAAAGAAUUUAGCAAAUUGUAGAAAUUGAAUACUUUGAUAGUAAGCGAUGCUGUAGGAGAACAUUUGGACAACUCAAUUUAUAAAUACUUAAAAAAUUUAGUAUAUUUUUAAAUGAGAUAUUGA